UGGGCUGUGCCGGGCUGGGCUGGACCGGCCGCCCCUUCUCCUCCUCGGCCGGCGGAUCUCGCCGAGUUGGUGCCGUUCCCCCGGGCGGCUCUGUCCCCCCGGCCCGGGGCUGAGCAGCAGCCGCCGCCCCCCGGGACCCCCAUGGCACCGCCGCGAUGUUCGUGUCCCGGCUCCUGGAUUUCCAGAAGACGCGCUACGCCAGGUUCAUGAAUCACCGCGUCCCGUCCAACUGCAGGUACCAGCCCACGGAAUAUGAGCACGCAGCCAACUGUGCCACCCAUGCUUUCUGGAUCCUGCCCAGCAUCCUCGGCAGCUCCAUCCUCUACAUCCUCUCUGAUGACCAGUGGGAAACCAUCUCAGCCUGGAUCUAUGGCUUUGGCCUCUCCAGCCUCUUCAUUGUCUCCACCAUCUUCCACACCAUCUCCUGGAAGAAGAGGCAUCUCAGGACCGUGGAGCACUGCCUGCACAUGUUUGACAGGAUGGUGAUCUACUUCUUCAUCGCCGCGUCCUACGCUCCCUGGUUGAACCUGAGGGAGCUGGGUCCCUGGGCCUCCCACAUGCGCUGGAUCAUCUGGAUCAUGGCAUCCAUCGGCACCGUCUACGUUUUCUUCUUCCAUGAGCGGUACAAGCUGGUGGAGCUGGUGUGCUACGUCAUCAUGGGCUUCUUCCCCGCCUUGGUCAUCCUCUCCAUGCCCAACAGGGACGGCCUCCUGGAGCUGGUGGCCGGUGGCUUCUUCUACUGCCUGGGCAUGGUGUUCUUCAAGAGCGACGGCCGCAUCCCCUUCGCCCACGCCAUCUGGCACCUCUUCGUGGCCACAGGAGCUGGCAUCCACUACUAUGCCAUCUGGAGGUACCUCUACCGGCCCGGGGCGCUGGACACCAAAACCUCCCGGUAGAAGCCUUAAAGACGUCGUUUGUGCCACCCGGCCCGUGGGGACACGGAGGGCAGCGGGGACACAGCCUGCACCCUGGGCUGACCCCAAACCACCCCCUCGCCCCACGGACAGCGGCUGUCGGUGCCCUUCCCAUGCAAACAGGAGAGCCCGGAGGUGGAUUUUAAAUAUUUAAUGUUUUUAACCUUGGGAAUUUUUUUAGGCGAAGGUUUCAGAACACAGCGACUGACUGGGCUGUGGGUGAUAGGGGAGUGACCACUCUCUGGGAGCUUCGCUCACUCACCUGGUCUUGAGCUUCCCACGGGACUGGGAACCUUGGCCCCACAUGGCCCUGGCUGUGACACCCUGGGUUUGGCUACUGGAGCCCUUAGCGUGUGCUGCUGGGGGGACUGGAGGAGCCAGGAGGAGGGGAGAGGCCCAGUGGUGGAGAGGGAUGUGGUGAUGCCCCUGCGCCACCUGGACUGGCUCCUAAAUCGUCCUAAGUCCUGUCAGCAUUAACAGCUCCAUCCCAAGUCCUUGAGGGGAUGGUCCGUACUCAACGAGCCUUACAAGAGAUUGAAACUUGAAUCUCUUCCAGGGCAUCCCAGUCCCUGAGCACUGGGAAACCCUUUCUCUAAGCCAAUGUUAAGUGCACAACUCAGUACAUCCCUGGGAUCCCCUGUGGACGUUUUCUCCCUGAGUGCUUGGUUUUCCCCUCCAGCCUCGGUGCCAGCGGCAGCCUGAGGCACAGCCCUGCUCCCAGGCCCUGCUGCACAUGUGCCUUCAGCAGGGAGCAGAGCUGGGAUCCUGCUCCUGGCCUCUCCCUGGCUGGGGUCAGCCCAUCCACUUCAGGGGAUUCCCUUUCUCCUCGAGGGAGGGAAGUGAACCUCCUUGGACUGGGAUCACGGGGCUAGCUGCCUUCUCUGCUCUCAUUUGAUGAACCUAUUGUUCACCAGAUUUAAUUCCGCUUUUGGAAAGAUUUCUGGCAUUUCCAGGGUUGCUGCAGGGCAGGAAUGCAUCCACACGAAGCUUAGAUGUGAACUGCAAUGGAUAGAUCCCAGUGACGCUCAGUUUUUAAAUGCCUAACCCUGGCCACACAGUGCUAACACAUGGAACAUCCAUCCAGCUGCUGGGAGCAGCAGAAUGGGAAAACCACACCUGAUCCUGCUCCCCAAACACCCUGGCAGAGCUGCUGGAGCCAGGAGGGUGUGGUGUGUGCUGGGCUGUGCCUGCACCGUCCCCAUCAGCCCCCAAAAGAAUCAAUUAUCCAUCACCUCUUUGGCCUUUGACUGACCACAGCUGCAGCCUCUGGCACAAUGUGGCAAGUGCAGGAGAUUUACGGCCACCAUCCCACACCUCCUGCUUCUCCAGCGGCAUUCCAGGGAGCUGAGCAGAGCUCAGGGGCCCCCAGCCUGUGGCACCCCGGGCCUGGCUCUCCAGAACUGUGCAAAUUACCAAAGAGGAAGCAUCUGCAUACUCACCCCCUCCUGAUGUGGUGGCUGCGGUUGCCAGGCUGGCAAAGAUAUCUGGUGUGUUUUCACUUCCAUAGGCAGAAGUUUCCUGUAAAAGGUUCUGGGAGCUGUACCCAGCACCCCCACCUGGCACAGGGCUGCUGGGGAUCUGUGCACAGGGCACCCAAAGCAACCUUUGGGCUGGCACUGCCCUUGGGGUGGUCUUAGGGAUGGGGGUGAACGAGCUGGUGUGAGCCCAGGCUCUGCUGCUGCCUCUGCCCAGCCCUGGCCCUGCCACCUCCUUUGGAUGGAGAGGUGGAGAAGGAUGAGCUGUGAGUCACCAGCAGCUGAUGGAGCAUAUCUGGGGUUGGAAUGGCAGGAUACAGAGGUCCCGGAGUGGGAGAUGCCAUAUUUUCUGUCAUUACCCUUCUCUGUGCCUCUGUUUCCCCGUCUGUAAAAUGGGGGUGAAGACCCUGACCUACCUCACAGGGCUCAUGUGAGGACCCUGUGAAGCACUGGGAGGGCAGCCAGAGCUUCACAAAAACCUGCUCUGGAUUUCACUGAGUCUGGGGGAGCAGGUCCCAGAGCCAACGUGGGGCACGGUGACAACUUUGGCUUAGCGUGCCUGGCUCCCGUCCCCCUCUGUCACCAAAUCCCACAGGGAACCGCCCCAGGCUCAGCCCGUGCAAACAGCAAUCCCAGCCAUGGGCAGACAUCCCCUGGCAGGGGCUGAGGAUGCCCGGGCACCACCACUGUGUUUUGCCUGUAGGCUUCAUCCCAAGGGAUUUGCCUCGGAAACUGUUUUUCUAUUGAGGUCUUUUGGCCCUGAAUCUGUCCCGAGGGCUCCUGAGGCACAGGGAGGUGCCAGAGGGAUUUUUCUGAGGCUGCUUCAUCUCUGUCUCCUGUUGAAAACCCAGGGCAGGACAGAUGCUCGGUUAGGAACAUCCCCAGCCUGCCUCCAGCCCGGAUUUGCAGAGUGGGAUUCUCUGUAACUGAGAGGCUGCUCCCCCUCUUCUCUUGCUCCUAAAUCCUCCCCUGGCCAAGCAUGGGGGACACAGAGCGAGUUAUCGGAUUGUCCUCCUAUUUUAUACUAAUUUUACAUGACUUGUAACAUUCAGGGUGUUUGUGGAGGAGGGCUCGAGGGAUCUUUUUAGCAUCUCAUGUUUUUCACCAUCCAUCCUUGUUCAAUCAGUAUUUUAUAUUUAACACAGUAUUGGGUCAAAUACAAACAAACGUAAGGAAGAUAACGCUAGUGGAUAUUUGUUUCCUGUGGAGUAGGAUCGAAAUAAAAACUCAAGAUACCUCA